AUGAGCCAAGAAACGCCUCGAAACGACAUUGAGAGCCUGUCGUUGGGCUUCUUAUCAACGGUGGAGGUAACUGAGAAUCAUUCUCGGUAUAUGAUGUACAAAAACUUUGGCACGCUGCAGGAAAAUCAGCGAAAACGCAGAAAUGAUGUCAUUCAGCGACAGCGAGAGUAAGUUAUUAUAGAUUUUGGGUAAUAUUUGUAAGUAGAAAAAUCUUUGAAUUUAUAGUGCUUUUGUUAUAGAGCCCGUAUGAAGAAGAUGGAAGAAGCACGAACUACAGCAGAGCCGGUAGAAGAAGAACAAGAUGAAGAUACAGAUGGAUUUAUGGAAGUUGAUCGUCGUCGACGAACCAAAAGUCAAUCAGAAGAUGGUGACAAGCGGCAUAGAGCUAAGUUUCAUCGAAAUGACAUGAAAGGUCGAUUAAUGUACAGCGAAUGGUUGAUUGACAUUCCGGAAGAUAUCUCUGAAAAUUGGUUGGCAUUACCUGCUCCAGCUGGGAAACGAGUACUUGUGCUUGCUGAACAUGUGAGUUUUAUAUUAAUAUAUGUGUUUUAUAACUUAAAACAAUGUCAUAAAAUGAAAAGUAUUGUUUUUUUAGAUUAAUAUCUAUGUAAAGUACCUAAAAUCCAAGUAUGAUACCUAAACUUUGAUCUAAACGUAAUCAUUCAGCAAUACACCUUUAUCUACGACAAGAAAGGCAGCCAAUUGUCGCGAUUCAAGUCUACAUUGAACAAUCGUUCCCAAACCAGUCUGAUUGAUGGAAUUCUAACCCGAAACACCAUUUAUGUCAUUGACUAUCUCACCACCAACGAUUUGCCACUAGAAGAGUGUGAAUAUGAUUGUAGACGAAUGAUGGGAUCAAGUUUUUUGAGAGAAAAUGGCGUUUUCAACAAUUCUUUUGGACAAUUCAAGUUUGUUGAACUACCAGCAGUCAAGGCAUCGAAAGAGGAGCUGACAAAGUUAAUGGCACAAACUUAUGAUUAUGAGUUGGAUGGGAUUUUGUUUUAUUACACCAAGGUAAGAGUUUUUGAGUUUAUUUUUGGGAAAAGUUAGAAAAUGACCUUACUUUGCACUUCAACACUUCAAGAAUACUAUGUAUAUAUGUUUGAAGCUAUACUGAGAUGUUUUAUUGAACUAUCUUUUCAGUGCCACUACUACAGCGGCCAAACCCCAUUGGCCGUGUGGCUGAAGCCAUGGAUGAUGCCGGAGAUUCUCGGGGUCUCAAUCAACCCAAUUUAUCAAAAGGAAACUGGUCAAACGCCUCAGGAGUUCAUCUCCGAGUUCCACAAGAAACACCCGACGUAUGGAUUGCCCAUCACUCGAAAAGAACAUCGGCAAAGCGAAACGGAACAUUAG